UGGAUCUGAGUAACAAUGACCUGAAGGACUCAGGAGUGAAGCUGCUCUCUGCUGGACUGGGGAAUCCCCACUGUAAACUGGAGACUCUGAGGCUGUCAGGCUGUCUAGUCACAGAGGAAGGCUGUGCUUCUCUGGUCUCAGCUCUGAGGUCAAACCCCUCACACCUGAGAGAGCUGGACCUGAGCUACAAUCACCCAGGAGACUCAGGAGUCAGACUGCUCUCUGCUGGACUGGAGGAUCCACACUGCAGACUGGAGAAACUCAAUGUGGAACAUGGUGGAGAGAACAGAAUGAAACCUGGGCCUAGAAAAUAUGUCUGUGAUCUCACACUGGACCCAAACACAGUAAACAGACACCUCUCUCUGUCUGAGGAGAACAGAAAGGUGACAUGGAGGAGAGAGAAGCAGCCGUAUCCUGAUCACCCAGAGAGAUUUGAGGACUGUAGACAGGUGCUGUGUAGAGAGGGUCUGACUGGGCGCUGUUACUGGGAGGUAGAGUGGAGUGGGUACAGGAUUGGGAGAAGGGCUGAUAUAGGAAUGACAUAUAAAGGAAUCAACAGGAGAGAAAGAGGAGGGGUUAAGGACUGUUGGCUUGGAUACAAUGACAAGUCCUGGAGUCUGUUCUGCUCUGACAACAGUUACUCUGCAUGUCACAAUAAUAAUCCCACUACCAUAGACGUCCCCCUCCUCCAGCUCCCCAGAGUAGGAGUGUAUCUGACCGGCCAGCUGGAACCUGUCCUUCUAUAG